AUGGCGUCGAGGAGAAAUGUACGGUAUGCUCAGCUUCCAGGAGAUGAAGAUGAUGAAGACUAUGCAAAUGUUGGUGGAAGGAGAGAUUUCGAUCCCCGCUUCGAUUAUACACCGAAAUCAUUUGAUAGAGUGCCAUGGAAAUCGAUAGCGCUCGCUGUGUUUCUUCUGUUCCUUGGUUGCUUGCUUCUCCUUUUGACUGUUUUCAUCUUCACUGGUCACAUGGAAGGAGAUAGCUCUCAAGCUUAUGCCCUUCUUGUCCUUGGGAUCCUUACUUUCCUCCCUGGGUUCUAUGAGACACGGAUUGCUUAUUAUUCAUGGAGAGGAGCUGAAGGGUACCGUUUCGCAGCCAUUCCCUCUUACUGA